CUUUCCAGUAAAACUGUGACCAUUAUGUGGCAACUCUUUAACUGAAAUGACUACCAUCCCUUUACAUGUUCAGUAGGAGGUGGCAUAAUUACAAUGAUUUAGAUUAUGAGGAUUUGUUUAUACAAAUUUAUUCUGAACGAUGGCAGAGGCAUGGACUUUACUGGUUCAGUUAAUCCAGAUCGAUUUUGGAACUUUAAAUUUACGAAUGAAACUGGAUUGAUAAUCGGAUUAAAUGGGUCGACCAAACAACACAACUCCUGGACUGAGGUUGCUCAGACCUCCCACGGUGAUUGGUCAGUUCCAUACCUUAUUCUUUGGUUCUGUACGCAUGUUCUUUCUUGGAGUGCUUGGCUUUGCAGUAUAUGGGAAUGAGGCCCUGCAUUUCAGCUGUGACCCAGACAAGAGGGAAGUGAACCUAUUCUGUUACAAUCAGUUUCGACCGAUAACUCCUCAGGUUUUUUGGGCACUGCAGCUUGUGACAGUACUAGUCCCGGGAGCCGUUUUCCAUCUUUAUGCAGCUUGUAAAAGUAUAGAACAAGAAGACAUUCUCCAGAAACCUGUCUACACUGUCUUUUAUAUUAUCUCCGUAUUGUUACGGAUAACCUUGGAGGUGGUGGCCUUUUGGCUACAGAGUCACCUUUUUGGCUUUCAAGUUAAUGCAAUCUUCAAAUGUGACGCUGGAUCCCUUGAUAAAAAGUACAAUUUAACCAGGUGUAUGGUUCCUGAGCACUUUGAGAAGACCAUUUUCUUAAUUGCCAUGUACACAUUUACCGGAAUUACGAUCGUAUUAUGCGUUGGUGAAAUUUUCGAGAUUCUGUACAGACGGUUAGGCUUUCUAAAUAACGAGUGACCUGGUGGUCUUUUA